GACAGGUUUUCAGUACUAGUUAAGAACGAGAAUGAUUAGUUUGAACAGUGCGCGAUCUGUGGCUAUUUUCGGAGGCCCCGUUCGAUCUCUGAGAUCAACCUCCGCAUUGGCACAAGCUCAGGUAAAUAACAAUAUUACUGAGGAAUCCAGGCCGUACAAUGAGAUCCCACGACCCAACACAUUCAAAUUCAUGAGGGCUUUUAUGCCCGGAGGCGAGUUUCAAGAUGCAUCGGUUACGGAAUAUACUUCUAUAAUGCGAAAGCGUUAUGGAGAUAUUUUUAUUAUGCCUGGAAUGUUUGGCCGCAAGGAUUGGGUUACCACUUUUAGCACCAAAGACAUAGAAACGGUUUUCCGCAACGAGGGUAUUUGGCCACAUCGCGAGGGUCUGGAUUCGAUUGUAUACUUCCGCCAACAUGUUAGACCCGAUGUCUAUGGGGAAGUUCAGGGUCUGGUGGCUGCACAAAACGAGACUUGGGGCAAACUGCGUUCAGCCCUAAAUCCCAUAUUCAUGCAGCCAAGGGGCCUCCGAAUGUACUACGAACCCCUGUCCAAUAUUAACAAUGAGUUUAUCGAAAGAAUUAAGGAGAUUCGCGAUCCCAAAACCCUGGAAGUUCCAGAUAAUUUCACGGAUGAAAUAAGUCGAAUGAUUUUCGAAUCACUAGCCCUUGUUUCCUUCGAUCGGCAAUUGGGUUUGAUCAGGAAUAAUCGCGAUAAUCCCGAUGCAAUGACUCUCUUCCAGACCACCAGGGAUAUCUUUCGGUUGACUUUUGAGCUCGACUUCCAGCCCUCCAUGUGGAAAGUGAUUUCAACGCCCACCUACAGAAAAAUGAAGAGAACACUAAACGCCAGUUUGGAUGUGGCAAUGAAAAUGCUGAGGGAAAACCAGGAGGCGCUGGAAAAGCGUCGCGCGGCGGGUGAAAAAAUCAAUAGCAACAGUAUGCUGGAGAGGUUGAUGGCGAUCGAUCCAAAGGUGGCUGUGAUAAUGGGCUUAGACAUCCUCUUUGCCGGUGUGGAUGCCACUUCCACGCUUCUUUCCGCCGUUCUCCUCUGUCUCUCAAAACAUCCGGAUAAGCAGCUGAAACUGCGAGAGGAACUCCUGAGGAUCAUGCCCACCAAGGACACCCUGCUCAACGAGGAUACCAUGAAGGAUAUGCCUUAUUUGAGGGCAGUGAUCAAGGAGACCCUGCGUUACUAUCCCAAUGGUCUGGGAACCAUGAGGACAUGCCAAAAUGAUGUGACGCUUUCGGGUUACACGGUGCCCAAGGGAACAACUGUCCUUGUGGGUUCCAAUGUCCUCAUGAAGGACAGUACCUUCUAUCCGCGACCAGAUGAAUUUCUACCAGAACGCUGGCUUCGCGAUCCGGAGACGGGAAAGAAGAUGCAGGUCAGCCCGUUUACCUUCCUGCCCUUCGGCUUUGGACCCCGCAUGUGUAUUGGCAAGCGAGUGGUGGACCUGGAAAUGGAGACCACGGUGGCCAAGUUGAUUCGCAAUUUCCAUGUGGAGUUCCAUCGUGAUGCCAGCAGACCCUUCAAAACGAUGUUUGUGAUGGAACCGGCCAUUGACUUUCCCUUCAAGUUCAUCGAUGUCGAUCAGUAAAUCGCACUUAAUUCAUUGCACCUAGUUGUGCAAUAAGUUCCUUAUAGAUAUAUAUUUUGUUUACAAUAAAUGCUUGGUUGAUAGAUA